CAGUCUUCGGGCACGUUAGAGGGGUCCGUUGCUGAUGACGUAUCUGGUGAUUUGGAAGAUGUUGUAGCAGGAACUUUAAUAUACACUGCGUUGUUUUAAUCUUAAUGUUCACAUACGUAGACAAAUGCGUAGUACGUACUAUAAACCCCAAAAUGGAACCAACUGCACAUAUACAAAACUGAAAGCUUCAGGUCAGACUGCAGCUAUGCCUCAGAAACCACAAAAGAGCGCCCAGACGGCACACUACAUUGAGCUGGGAAGUUAUCAGUACUGGCCCGUGCUGGUACCCCGCGGUAUCAGGCUGUACACCUAUGAACAGAUCCCAGUGUUUUUGAGGGAGAACCCUUACAUCACAGAUGGAUACAGAGCCUACCUGCCCUCCAGGCUGUGCAUCAAAAGCCUCUUCAUUCUGUCAAAUGAGACGGGGAAUAUCUGGAGCCAUCUGUUGGGCUUCCUGCUCUUCUUCUUUGUCGGCGUGUACAACAUGGCCUCAGUGCUGCCGGCCAUCGGCGCCUCCAAAGAGGACUACGUCAUCUACUCCAUCGGAAUCUUCUGCUUCCAGCUGUGUAUGCUGUGCUCGGUGGGUUAUCACCUGUUCUGUUGCCAUCGCUCGGAGAAGACCAGCCGCCGCUGGAUGGCGCUGGACUACGCCGGAGUCUCCAUCGGCAUCCUGGGCUGCUAUGUACCUGGAGUCUUCUACACCUUCUACUGCAAUAAUUACUGGCGGCAGGUGUACCUGGUGACGGUGCUGGCCAUGAUCGUGGCCGUGUUCUUCGCUCAGAUACACCCCCAUUACCUCAGCAAGCAGUGGAAGCAGAUGCGCUCGCUCAUCUUCUGCCUGGUGGCGGGGUACGGCCUCAUCCCCACCCUCCACUGGAUCUGCCUCACCGGGGGCUUCUCCUCCGAGCUGGUCCAGGCUUUUGUUCCUCGGAUCCUGGGGAUGUACUUCAUCGCUGCAUUAGCACUAAUUUUCUACGUUUCAAAAGUUCCUGAACGCUACUUCCCAGGUCAGCUCAACUACCUGGGCUCCAGCCACCAGGUGUGGCACCUGCUGCUGGUGCUGAUGUUCUACUGGUGGCACCAGUCGUCCUGUUUCAUCAUGGCGUACAGACACAGCGAGCCCUGCCCGGGCGCCCCCCACCACGCCUAGGAUGCCGCUGUGCACAAUGGGAUAUCUGACUAUGUUUAACUUUGCUGAACGGCUGCAGCGUAUUCCAGCACGCUCAGAUGGGAGACCCCAGAGACAGGCCUUCAGUCCAUCUCAGUGUCCUCACAGAUGCACACGCUCUUACCUGUCAGUGUGUCGGCCCCCUGCCUGUGGAGGAAACAUCAGAGGGGGCUCCCUUAAGGAUAGAAGGGCACAGUGUGUGUUCAUAGGGCAGGACCUCUGCAGGAUGUAGCUUCAUUUCUUACCACUUUAUCACCACCAAACCGUGUGUCAAUCUACAAAAGCAGCUUUAAAUCAUUAAGGUGGCAAGCUUAAGUAGCAUUUCCUUUUUCCUUUUUCUUUGCCCAACUUUUAAAAUGAAUCACCUAUUUUUAAAGAUUUGUAAGCCAGUGAUUCUCAAAAGCAUUUUGCGCCCCAAAACUAUUCUGAGUAUAUUUCCGUUUGAGGAUGCUUUCAAAACAUCUUGUUCUGGCUGUUUCAAUCAAACUAAUUACUUAUUAAUUCAUGUUUGGUUAGAAAACCAAAGACACAUGUUCUCUUCAUCAGUGUGUGUCAGGGUGUGCUCAUGUUGUCCUUCAGUGUGCAUCAUCGCUGUUUCUCACCGCUGUGUGGGACAAUCAGCUGUUUGAGUCCCAGGACUGCACAUAGACUUACUCUAUGAACAGCUACUACAAACAAUCAUAAACUGCAGAUGUGUCAGUGCCGGGUCUCUGGAUUUAAAGUAUUUAUUGUAGGUGAAUGUAUAGCUUUAGUUUUUAAACUGACAUUUAUGUUGACUACUGGAAUGUUAUCUUAAAGUGUUUAAGCCAAGGUUAUUAAACAAAUGAGCAGAAUACCCAAUCACCCACCAGAUAAAAGUAUUGGUUUAUUCUAACAUUUCUCCCUCACAUCUUUAUUGUAUUAUUAUAAAAGAAAAACAGCUGAGGCUUAUUAGAACAGAGUGGUCAGUUUUGGGUGUUAAACGGAGCUCUAUCCUCUCUGAUAGUGAGACUUUUUUAGUGGAUUCUAAAGAUCUUUCAAGUGAACUGAUAGAUAUAAAUAAACAUCCAUAACGUUUAAAAUAAUGUUUUCUACAGAAGUCAGACAUACUAAUUUAAGUUAUUAUUUUAAUUACUUUGUACUUUGGGAGUUUUGUUUUUAUGGAUUCAAGCACUGAUGUUAAAUGUUAAAUAUCUGUAUCCACAUGCAUUGCAGUUCAUAUUGCAACUGCAACUUUAAUCUACAAUGUGUAGCAUUGUUAGUACAUUUGUCAUUUGAAUAGUACGACUUUGUGUUUGAAAAAAGCUUUUUCUUCCUGAACUGUCAUUACCCACAGUGUUUUUUUCUGACACAAUAACCUUUUCUCUGGCGUAUUCAGGGUAAUGUGCAAUGUAAAAUGGCUAGAUUCUAAAGAUUCUGAAAAUCCAUGUUGGAUAAAAGUCACCUAGAGAGAAAUGAUCAAAAUGUCAAUCCUUUCAAACGUAACAGCUUUGUCAGCGUGAGUCUUAGUGUUUGAAACAUGGUAUUUAAUCACUAUAGUCCAGUUAAAUGUUAACAAUUCAAUUUAGGAAUCAAAGUCAUUUUUUGUGAUGGUUAAUGUUUUUAAGAAGUUCUGUGUUUAAAUUAUUCAUUAUGGACCUGCUCUUGCGUGGUUUCUCUGGAACAUUUUGUCUUUGAUUUGAAAGGCUCUUAGACUCAUUUUGUAGCAGAAGAACUUUUCUACCUUGACUUUUCAUAUCAAACUGCUGAACUUAACUCUAAAUAAAAUGUUUGAAAGUGUAAAA